AUGAAGACUUUUGCCAAGUCUUUAAAUAUUCUUCUCGUGCAAUUAUUUGUGCAAGUGAAAAUUAAUCAUUCAAAUGUCCUUCAGCUCUAUGGCUAUUGUUACCAGGAUAGCAAUGACAUCCCAGACACGCUGACGACCAUCACUGAACUAGGCUCGCCGUUAGAGAUGAUUCAGCUCCUACAGACUUCCUGGGAAGACAGAUUUCGAAUAUGUCUCAGCUUAGUUCGGCUUCUGCAUUAUUUGGCUCAUUCUCCUCUUGGCUCCGUGACAUUACUGGAUUUUCGCCCUCGGCAGUUUGUGAUCGUGGAUGGGGAACUGAAGGUGACAGAUCUGGAUGACGCCAGCAUCGAGGAGAGCUCUUGCACCAGUAACAGUGACUGCUUUAUGGAAUUCCCCGCGAGGAACUUCACCCUGCCCUGUUCUGUUGAGGGACGGUGUCAGAGCAUGAACGAAAAGAGGAAUCUCUACAACGCCUACAGGUUUUUUUUUACGUAUCUUCUUCCACACAGUGCUCCAUCCUCACUAAGACCCUUACUGGAUAAGAUAGUCAAUGCGACAGGAGAACUUCACUGGGGAAUAGAUGAGACAGCAGCUCAGCUAGAGAGAGUUUUGAAUCUGUAUAAGAGUGGAGAGUACCUACAGAACACGACCCGGAUGCCGAAAACUGAAUACAGACGGGUGCCUGAAGCUUUUAUUCCUGAUGAGAACUACAGAUGCUGGCCAUCUUACCAUCACAAAGGCUGCCUCCUCUCCGUGUUUGACGUCAGCGAAGCCAUCGAGAUCUGUGACAGCUACUCCCAGUGCAAAGCUUUUGUCUUAACUAACCAGACGACUUGGACAGGUCGGCAGCUUGUCUUCUUCAAGAUGGCCUCAAAUCAUAUCAUGCCUGAUCCCGACAAGAUAACAUAUGUGAAGGUGACAGACUGA